GUGUGCGGGGGCGGGGCUGGUGGGUGCGCGCGGCGCCGGAACCAGCUCGAGAGCGCGCGCAGCUGCCGGGAAGCUCCAGACACGGAACUGGGAGCAGAUCUUUCAAAUGGAAGGAUUUCCAGAGACUAUAAUGGUUUGAAAAACGUGGUAGUGAAGACCUUGAGCCUUUAGGCUGUUCUCAAUAACCAAGCCAUUAGUCCUAAUCCUGCUGUAGCUGGAUUCCAAAGUUUCUGUCUCUAAACUGCAGAAGCAACUCCUUCAAAGGGGGAAGAUAUGAAAGCUUCAAUUUCUUUAUCUGAGGGAGAAGGAUUGAGUGAGGAAGAAUUCUUCUACUGCUGUGGAGCUGCUACCCAGGUGUUAAAGUUUGGAUCACUUGAUGAUCUGAAAUCUAAAUCAGAGAAAUCUCCAAGAGUACUUUUCUUGAUUAUUCCAGGGAACCCAGGGAUAGCAGGUUACUACAAAACCUUCAUGCAGAUUCUACACCAGACCAUGGACCAGAAGUAUCCCGUCUGGGUCAUAAGCCAUGCAGGUCACUGUGUGCCCCCGGAAAGCAUGGAAAUGAUGGAAGACAUCGAACUAGAGGAUGUCUUUGGAUUGAACGGACAAAUAGAACAUAAACUAGCGUUCCUCAGGAAAUAUGUGCCAGAAGAUGUGAAGAUUGUACUAAUAGGCCACUCUAUUGGUUGUUAUAUUAUACUAGAAAUGAUGAAACGUGAACCACAAUUACAGGUUCUCAAAGCGGUGUUACUUUUUCCAACAAUUGAACGUAUGGCCGAGUCACCACAAGGCAAGCUUAUGACACCAGUACUUUGCAAACUUCGCUUCAUGAUGUAUGUUCCAAUCUACUUCCUUUCUUUCCUGCCAGAAAGCGUCAAGACCUCCUUAGUGAGGUGGGCGCUGCAAGGCCUCCAGUCCCUGGAUGAAGGCUCUGUUUCUGCUUCUCUUAAUCUCUUCAGUGUGGAUUGCGUAGCUAAUGCCAUGUAUUUAGGAAGCCAAGAAAUGGUGCAGGUUGUCUGCAGAGAUGAUUCAACCAUACAGCAGCAUUUGGAUCAGCUUAUCUUUUAUUAUGGAAGGGGUGAUCACUGGUGCCCAGUUGUGUACUACGAAGACAUGAAGAGAAGCUUUCCUGAAGGGACCAUCUAUCUCUGUCAAAAAGGAAUUCGCCAUGCCUUUGUUUUGGAUGCCAGUGAGGAGAUGGCUCAAAUGAUUACGGACUGGUUAUAUAAAGAUGUAGUAAAAUUAUAGUAAACCUGAGUUUGUAUAUAAUCCUGGAGUCCUGUAGCUCA